AUGGGCAAGGCAGUCGAUAGCUUCACCGAGCUCCGGCAACAUGUCGGACCCGGUUUGGACGACCGUUUUUCUCUGGUUGUUCUGGUUGCUGACACAAUUACGACAGAAUGCAUUUGUUUCUGGCGAGGAUGCGCCACCGGCUUUCCAGCGAAUCUACCAAACGGCAAAGGCAGUGCGCCAGUUCAAGGCACAGGAGAUGGGCAAACAUGUGAACGAUAGCAUCGAUCCCUGUGUGGAUUUCUACGCCUAUGCCUGCGGCAAUUGGAAGUCAACAUCCACACCCCGAGAGCAACUGCAGCAGCAAACGGACCGCGAUCUUAUCCAGCUCUUGGAGGAGACUGUGAGGCGAGAGGACAGCGUCAUAGCGCGACAGGCCAAGGAGUUCUUCAAGUCCUGCGUCCAGGCUCAGCAGAAUCAGCAACAGCAGCAGUUCCUCAGCGACUUCAUCAGCCAAAAUGGAGGUUUUCCCGCAGUUCCGGGAUCACAGUGGGCGGUGCAUCACCACGACUACGACUGGCCAAGGGUGCUGGGCACGCUAAGGCUACGUUAUGGAUUGGACAUUCUCAUCGGACUCCGUGUGGGCUACAACUACGGCAAUGUGAACGAGAACAGCUUGUAUUUAAGCGAACCGAGCACAUUAAUUCCCCGGGAGCUGUGCACCCAAAAUCGCUCAGAUAUCAGGGACUCCGUUUACGAACCGCUGGAACUUCGAGUGGCUUCCGAACUAAAAGCCUGGUUGGCCCUGGGCAGUGAGGAAUCCGCUCGCCUGGCCGCCGACAUCCUCAGCUUCGAGCAUGAGCUGUGUGGUGGAAUGCGAGGUGGAUCCUUCGAUCCCUGGGAUGCCGAGGAGCAGCUCUACCUGGCAAACUACACCCGCAAAACACUGCAUGAGUUCUCGAAUUUGUUCGAACUAGACCUGGUUUCGUAUGUGAGGGCGAGUUUUGGCCAGGAAAUCGUUAAGCCCGUUUACAUGGCAGCACCGGAGUAUUUUCGGCAGCUAAAGCGAACCGUGACCGCUCAUAAUAUGAGUCUGGUGGCCAACUAUAUCAUGUACCGUGCGGUGUCUGCUCUGAAUUUUCCGCUGGAGGAUCGCCCGCAGUUGAGAAAGAAAGAGUGUCUGGAACGGAACAAAGAACUGAUGCCCUCGGCCUUGGGCGAACUAUAUGCGCGGCAGUUUGGAACUGAGGCUAACAGUUUAGAUCUGGAACAACUCUAUCAGACAUUGAAAGCAGCCCUGAGGCAAAGUUUGAGUGCAGAUUGGUUAGAGGAGGGCAGCCAGCGAGUGGGCAAGGAAAAGCUAAAAAAUUUUAAGAUUCAGAUGCCCAGUUACCAGACUCCGUUGAUCCUCAAAUUGCAGAUGGAGCGCGGCAACUAUUGGCACAAUCUCCGCCAGCUGUUGGGAGCGGUUCAGUCGCAGAGAAUGAGCCGCCUCUCCGAUGAAUUCAGACCCCCGCCCUCCGAUCCCGUGGAGGCUUUUGAGGACAGGGUGCGACUGAGACCAGUUCUGCAGCGUUUGGAUAUGGGAUUGGCCCUGCUGCAGCCUCCUGCCUACGAUCGUCACUAUGGCCACGCCUUCCGCUAUGCCACAUUGGGCGUUAGGCUGGCACAACAGUUGGUUAUGGCUUUCGACGAUCCCCACUGGUCGGUUGGCCUGCUCGAGCGGGACACUUGGGAUGGGCUGACAGCCUGGCAAUUUCACAUUCGAAGCGAAUGCUUUGCCCGGCAGGUAGAACAUUAUUUGAGAGCCAAUUCAAGUGCCACCAGGCAGCUGAUCACGGACAGUGGAGCUCUCAGUGUCGCCUUUCGGGCUUAUCUUUCCUGGUUGGGAUUCCAGGAGCCAAACAACGACUUCACUUCGCUGACCAAUGAGACGCUACCGGGUCUUAACUAUACGAACACGGCUCUAUUCUUUGUAUCCUACGCCCAACAGCACUGUAGUCUGGACGAGAUUCGUUCAAGGGAUAACCAAUGGAUUCCAGGGGGAUUCCUGUACAGUGCAAGACAGAAUCACACCUGGACCCGGCUGCAGGUGAACGGACCCUUGCGGAAUUCAGCUGAAUUUGCUAGGGAAUUUCAUUGUCCCAUUGGCUCACCCAUGAAUCCUGCCACCAAGUGCACCAUAUACUAAUACAAAUUUGAUUAUAAACUUCUUAAAGGCUGCAGCAUAUACAAAAUUAUUAAACAAAAUAUUUGAUAUAUACAAAUAUAAAAGAAAUUAAACUUAA